AUGGCAGAAAAGAAUAAGCAAAAGGGUACUUCUUCUUCACUUGGUUCUCAAAUCUUUGAGUCUAAAAUAUGUCACCCUUCUGCAGGAAUUUAUGGCUCCAUAGUUUCAACUCAUUCACCUAAGAUUUUAAGAAGAGAAUCUGUGCGAUUUGAAGCAAGUGGCAGCAAAACUAAGAAAGAGACAGUGAACUCUAAAGUUGAAACUCAAGGAAUAGAUAGCAUCUUUAAGGACAACAAUGGUGGAGCUCAUAACACAAAAAACACAGACAUUUCUUGCUUGUACCAGAAUCAUAAUGUUCAUACAUGUCAUCUAAGUUCAUCAAUUUUUUAUGGUGGCCAAGAUAUAUAUCCUCAAACUCAAAGUUCACAAAAUGCUUCAUUCAACUCCUUGUACAAUAAUAAUGGAGGAGAAGAUGAUUCAGAAAUGGCUACAAGAGGAGACUGGUGGCAGGGAGGUCUUUAUUAUUAAUAUCAUCAAUGCCUACUCUAAGACUAUGCUUCAUCAGGU